AUGGCAUGCACGGCGCGGACAUACCAGCGGCUGAUGCAAGGCGCGCUCUCCCAGCAGUGGUGGCCUCUCAUGCACAACUCUGCAGGGACUUACGGGUCGAUCGACCUGGGGUACAGCUACGACAGCCUCAUGAGCUCGCUGAAAUGUGCCGGCAAGGGCAGCUGCCUAGAAAAAGGCCUCGCCGACAUGGAGAAGGAGGAGAAGGAAGAGUGGAAGACGAUUGGCGAGAACUCGUCUGCUGCAGAAGCUGACCGCUUUGCCCAGCUGCAAUGUUCGUUUGCUGGAAAUCGUGUGGAUACAGAGGACCGAGGGGAGCCUUAA